UCGCCGGCCCUUGAGAGCCUUCGGGGCUUCACUCACGCUUCGAUCCGUUGGUGAGGCAAGAUGACUUUCUGGCAGGAGAACUACGGCUUUGUGAAAGAAGUGUAUGAUUUCAGGUGCUCCAAGUACCUGGAAUGGAUGGAUAACAUCGAGGCCAUCAUCGGAAAGGUGAUGGCCAACACCCAAUAUACCGCCAAGGAGUUCAAGAUUAUUAAGGAUACGUUUACUUCUCUAUGCCGCGACCUGGAGAAGGAAGGGACGAAGUCAUGGCUGGACAUGAUGCUGGAGAAGCUGUCCCAACACAGCAGCGAGGGCGAAGAGGGCCUGAGCGGACGCGACAAGGCCAUGAAGGCGCAGGAGAAAAAGAAACUGGAGGCCAUGGUUGAACGUCACAAGGGGCUCAUGGGCCCUACCAUGGAGGCACAGAGCAAAGUGGACCAUUAUUCGGAGUGUUACGCCUUCGGCGACGACAUACACCCCGUCAUGAAGGUCCUGAACGAGCAGAGGCAUCUCUCCAUGAAGGAGAUUCACCCUCACAACAUGGACAUGUGUGAGGAGCAGAUUGACAAGCAGGAGAAGGUCUUGAGGACAAUCGAGAAUCAAGCCCCGAUUUACAACGAGCUGAUGAAGCGAGGCGCCAAACUGAAGGCCAACCCAAACGCCCCGUCCUUCCUGGAAAGAGAAAUCGCCAAACUGGAAGAGACCUGGAAGGACACGAACGAGAAGGCCCAACUGCGCAUCGACUUGCUGAACAGUACUUACAAGGACUGGGACGUAUAUGAGCAGCAACGACAGGCUAUCUAUGCCCCUCUCGACAGCCUGGAAGACCAAUUCAAGACAUACAAGAGGAUCUACGACCCCAAGAAGGGCACGGACUGGCUCGAGAGGAAGAAGAAGAAGGCCGAGGAGCAGAAGAAGAUCGCCCUGGACAUUUACGAAGUGAUCAAGAGGUGCUUCGCCACGAUCGUUGCCCUUGCAGGCGAGGACAAGCGGGAGUUCAUGGAGAAGGAGAUCGUGGAGAUCGACGAGAAGAGGACCAUCAUCGAGAAGAUCGACAAGAUGCUGGUAGAGCUGACCGAGUUCAACGGGAAGCUGCACAAAUUCGUCAACACCCUGGCAGAGCUGAGGGCCUGGAUGAUGCCCGCCUGCGAGAAGCUCGACUUCAUCACCACGUCGACCGAUCUGUCGCCAGAGGAUCGCGUCAAGGAAAUAUUCGACCUCCAGGGACAGGUAAACGAGAGACUGCCUCUCUUGGAGCCGCUGGAAGCUGAAUGUCAUGCCCUUCUGGAUGUCCCGGUAGUAGAACACACAAAGUCUGAAGAAGGCCAGACCAACGAGACGGCCCUCGCCCACAUGAAGGAAUUCUACACCAUCAAGGAGACCAUCAACGAACUCCACGAGAAGGUCGAAAUCGAAGCGGGUUCCAUCACGCAGGACCAGAAGUACUUCGCCGAAUACCUCUACGGCGUCAAGAACUUCAAGCCCUGGAUGGAGGAAGCAGAGACCGUUGCCAAGACAGCCCUCGUCAAGCCAGAGAAGCUCGACGACGCCGUUGCCCUCCUGGCGAAUGUGAAGGAAUUCGAGGUCAAAUGCCAGGAAAACAAGGGCAAGUUGGACUCUGCUGCCGAAUCCAGGUCGAAGAUGGAGAAACAGACAAAGGCCGACAAUGAGGUCGAGACCCUGAACGGGCGAUGGGACAUCGUGAAGAAGACAGCCGAAGAACGUGUUACCAAGAUAACGGAACUGGUCGAAACCUGGUCCGAACUGCAGAAGGUGACUGACAACCUCACACAGACCAUCACCGCCAUUCCUGGGGCCAACUUACCGGACGUAGCGUCCCUGGAAGCUAUCUUCAAGCAGUUCAAAGAAAUCAACGAUAAGAAGAUGAAGCUCCUCUCUGCCGUCUAGACUCGCUUCACGAUGAUUGAAAAAUCAAGCAAACAGUAGAAUAUAAAAGUUUAGGAGAACAUCCGAUGAUGGAGGGUACUUUUACAACGAAAAUUAUAAUUAUAGAACUCAUAGAAUUUCUCUGGAAUCGUGUUGACGGUGUUUUGUUAUCAAACGACAAAGCAGUUCUGAGCUGAAGCAUCGCUAGCAAAGACCUAACCAGAAUCUUCCUGCGGAUAUUGCUCUGAUCAGUAUUGCAAGUCAUGUCGAAAACAUCCCAUGGCAGCAUUCUUUUGUUUUCCGCUCCUUUCGUUUAAUUCAUACUGUAAAGUUCUCUUGACUCGCGAAUACCAUUACAAAUUUGCCAGAUCAACUAGGAAAAGGUGACCCCUAUUAUCCCUCACGCUCAUGAAGAGAGUAUUCAACCUUAAAAUAAUUCUUUGCCUCUUUCUCUUGGGCUGGAACGAGAAAGAGUGUCAGAGACGCGUUUGAGGGCGAUACAUCUCAGUCAGUCAGCGUCUGAUAUUCAUUCAUACGAGAGUUAUCGGCAAUGUAGAUGAAUAUUCGAACGAAAUGCUGUCCUUUGUAAUACGACUCAGAGUAGGCCGCUCAAACAUACGGAAGAAUGAAGAAAACGAUCAAAGGCAAAAAAAAAAAGCAGAAUAGGUUAAAUUUUUACGAAUUAAGAGAGUACAUAAAAUAAAGGUCUUCGUAACACAACUCCUAAUAAAAUGCUCAAUAAUAUAGUACACAAUGAAUUGUAAAUCUCAUUGGGGAACAAGAUAGGCUAGAUUUUUAUGAAUUAAGAGUACAUAUAAAUCUGGUCUUUACAAUGAAACUCUUGAUGGAAAAAACUGAUUAGAUUGUCAAGUAUUAAGAGUAGAUGAUAUAUACAAAAAAAUUGUAAAAGAUCUCACCACAUUGUAAGAAAACACCCACCCACCAUCACUCCUCAGACUCCAGAUUCUACUCUAUUGCAGCAAAAAGUGGCAACAUUGUCAUGAAACACGAUGAAGAAUGCGGUUCAUCAGAUAAGAAAUUUUUUUUUCACUCAAACUUCAAUGUGGGUGUCAAAGCAUCACUGUUUCAGCGCUUGCCUCCUUUAUUAAUUUUAAUUUUACUAUCCCCUUCGCCUCCUCCUAUUUUUCCGUUGCCUAAUUUAUUUUUAGCCCACAUCCUCAGUCUCUUGUCUCUUGAAGUAAAGUAUAGCUUGAGCAGACUUGGAAUGUCUGACGAGGAAACAUUUUAGGGCGAGGGCGACCUGCCUUCUUUCACAAGGUGCCGUUCCCUGCCUCAAUCGUGCGCCCAAAUCGUCUGCAUAAGGCUGUUGUUUCUGGCAACUUUUCAGGGAAAAGGGAAAGUUGUGAGUAGCAAGGCUUUCAGCGGUCGAUCGAUGGUCAUUCUUAUAUCUAGCUCUUUUAUUAUCUUUUCCCACUGACGGUCGCUCUCUCUCUCCUUCUCUGUCACUCUAAUGAUGUUGCCUCUUCAGCACCCAAGGUUGCCCAGGUAGCAUGAUUAUUUUAGGUAUCAAGAUGAACUUUAGAAUUGCAAACGUUUAAGUUAUGCCUUUAGGUAGUUUUCUCGAGAAAGUUCCUUUUGAGAACUCCCGAGAAGAGUUCGAGUUUUUCUUCUUCUUCAUAAUUUUAAGCAUAGGCUAGGUGAGAUGCAGCCUAAAGAAAGAAAAUAAAGACGAUACUGUUAAGUUUGAUGGAGCACAUUGUGUUUUGAACUUGUUAUGUGUAAGUUAAAAUACAAUGGAAUUCGAAGAGGGCAAAUAAUUAUUCUUCUGUUGACAAAAUUCUCGAAUGCACACAAGCAUCCUUUGAAAUUAAUUAUAUCAGUCUGAAAAAUGAUCAUGUUUAAUAAAUAUACCUCUCAGAAUAA